ACUCUCCCUCUCUUUCGAUAUAUCAAACACCAUGUACUUCUCUCUUGCUUUUAUCCUUUCUGUUUUCGCGCUCAUCAGCCCUGUCUUGUCCGAAGAAGUUUGCCCUGGGCAGGUCACCCUCAGCGAGUCUUAUAUUGGCGUGGACAAGAACGUCAAGAUCGAGACUGUAUCAUGCCCUGAAGGGACUCUCACUAGGCGUGGCGACGUGGUUUCCCGCCAAGCUCCUGUUACGAAUGUCUGUGGAGCGCAGUGCAACACACUCUGUUUCACUCCCAGUGGUGGUGGACCGAAUGCUAACGAGUGCCAUGUAAUUGCUGAUGCACUACUAUUACGAUUUCACGCCUUAUCUUAUCUUAUCGGCUCCAUCGUAAUCCUGCUAUGCUAA